UUAAAAGGUCUGUCUUGAUCUGAACUCCGGAGACUGAAGAGAGAAAACAGUAAACCCCAUCAGAGAGAAAACAGAACACAAUGACCGACCUGCGAUCCCCAUUGCCGCCAACUCCUCCUCCGACGUUGCCUCGAUCUACGGCGGACCUGUUCGGGGAUCCCGUUGAUGUAUAUCCGCCAUGGCUAAACCCAACUGCAUUCGUGGGUCCAGAAUUCGACCCUGAAUCAUACAUAUCCGAUCUCCGGGCAUUCGUCCCUCUCGAAACCCUAAGAUCCGAACUCCAAUCGCACUUGAGCUCUCUACAAAAGGAGCUCGUCGAUUUAAUCAACCGGGAUUACUCCGAUUUCGUCAGUCUCAGCACCAAACUGAUCGACAUUGAUGCUUGCGUGGUUCGUAUGCGUGCCCCGUUGCUUGAUAUCAAAGAGAAGAUAUUGGCCUUUCGAGACGCCGUUGAUGCUUCCCUUGUGGCCCUCAAAAGCCGCCUCAAGCAGCGAGCUGACGCUAAUCAGACUAGAGAAGUUCUCGAACUCCUCCUGGAUACCUUCCACGUGGUUUCCAAGGUUGAGAAACUGAUAAAGGAGCUGCCCGAUGUGCCUGUAGAUUUGGCAAAUGGAUAUGUAAAUUCUGGAGCAAAGGACAAUGGCUUUUCCUUACAAAAUGUUGAAAAUGGAACCAGUCUGAGGGAGACUCAAAGCAUGCUUCUGGAGCGGAUUGCUAGUGAGAUGAAUAGACUGAAGUUUUAUAUUGCUCAUGCACAGAAUAUGCCUUUUAUUGAGAACAUGGAGAAGAGGGUGCAGGGUGCUAGCUUGUUAGUUGACACAAGCUUAGGACAUUGUUUCAUAGAUGCCCUUGAACAUAGGGAUGCAAAUGCCAUAUACAAUUGUUUACGGGCAUUUGCAGCUCUUGACAACAUAAAAAAUGCAGAGGAAAUUUUUCGCUCAACUGUGGUCAUGCCUUUCAUGGAGAAAAUAUUUCCAGCAGGGGGAGACGGGAAAUCCACUGAUGAACUUGAGCAAGACUAUCAGAGAAUCAAACAAUUUAUUAAUGAUGACUGUAAAUUUUUGUUGGAAAUAUCGGCCGCAGAAAAUUCCGGAUUGCAUGUGUUUAGUUUUAUAGCGAAUUCUAUACUCAAGGAGGUUCUUUCUGCAAUUCAAAAAGGGAAACCUGGGGCUUUUUCUCCAGGAAGGCCUACGGUGUUUUUGAAGAACUACAAGUCCUCCCUAGAUUUUUUGGCUCAUUUAGAAGGUUAUUAUCACACUAGAUCCGCAGUUGCUAAAUUUCGCUCUGAGGCUGUAUAUGCUGAGUUCAUGAAGCAGUGGAACAUUGGAGUCUACUUUUCUCUAAGGUUUCAGGAAAUUGCUGGAACUUUGGAUGAGUCUCUAAGAGCGGCCAGUCUUGCCCCCGUGCAGGACUUGUCCUCAGAUUCUUCGAACUUUCAAUCUUUGGUGUUGAAACAGAGUGUGUCCCUUUUAGAUUGCUUGAGGGCCUGCUGGCGAGAUGAUGUUCUUGUAAUUUCCUUUGCUGAUAAGUUCCUUCGCUUGACUCUACAACUAUUAUCCAGAUUUUCCAACUGGUUAUCAACUGGAUUGGCUGCACGAAGAUCCAGUAAUGUUGGCUCCAAUCCUGGCACCGAAUGGGCUAUCUCUGCUGUCCCGGAAGACCUCAUUUAUGUAAUAUAUGAUCUGCAUCUCCUGGCGGAUGAGGUUUCUGAUGAUUAUCUUGGUCAUGUUACUGAGCUUCUUCAAUCCUGCCCUACUGAAGUACUUGAUCUUGUGAAACAAAGCAUUUUGCAUGCUGGGAAAUCAUUGCAAGAUCUUCUGCCCCUUGUCAUGAACUCAAUAAUUGACACACUUGUCGAGAAAUCAGUCAAGGACCUGAUGCAGCUAAAAGGAAUAACUGCUACCUACAGGAUGACCAACAAACCUCUUCCAGUUCGGCAUUCUCAGUAUGUUUCUGGUGUAUUGCGUCCAAUAAAGACUUUCUUGGAUGGCGAGCGAGCAUCUAAAUAUUUGACAGCGGAGAUGAAAAAUGACCUCCUGCAGCGCACUGCUUCGGAGAUAACUCGUCGGUACAAUGAGCUAGCUACUGAGCUUGUUAGUGUGACACGAAGGACAGAAUCUUCCCUGCAGAGAAUACGUAUUGGUGCUCAACGGAGAACUGGAACUGGAGCGAGCUCUGAUGUUCCAGAACAAAAUUUGUCCGACACUGAGAAGAUAUGCAUGCAGCUCUUUCUUGAUAUUCAGGAGUACGCUCGAAACCUGGCCGCCCUUGGGGUUGAUGCUCGUAACAUUCCUGAAUACUGUUCAUUGUGGGAGUCUGUGGCACCACCUGACAAGCGGAAUUCUAUAAGUUUCUAGUCCAGCCAGUCUUUCUUGUGAAUAGAACGCUGAGAUCUGAGUGGUAAUAGGUAGAUAGAUAGUCCACAACCAUUUUGUUGCAUUUAGCACACCUUAAUUAAUUACAUGUACAUAACUCUAGUUUUGGCAAGAUGCAAGUAUUCUAUAUUUUUGGUUACACUUGUUAACUGGGAAACCCUUAGAGUUAAUCAAAUAGCGAUUAAUUUGAUUAUUUGAGAUUGAAUUUUUAAGGGAAAGUUUUCCUUGUUCACUUUGUUUCUCCAGUAACCCUAUUUUUGCUACGUUCGAUUUGUGCAUGUCAAUCCUUUGUACAGGUAGAUCUUCUUCAACCCUGAAUGGUCUGGACCAGGAGGGCUUGAUGUGCUAAAAUACAAUUUUUUUGUGGUAAUAUUUGGCAUCUUACAUGCAUGAUUCAACUUAAAUCGGUCACUCUCUCAUCCCUCUCAGCCUUACAAGCUGAGGCCAUGACCUGCACUCCAACAUGCCACCCAAUUUUAUUUAUUCGAACGGAUCUUGAAAUGCUAACAAGAAAUCACCGCCCGAAUAAUCAACCCUCAGAGGUGCAGGAAGUAAUAAUUAGGUUACGACAACUAAUGUCGCCUUUUGAAUCAUGCAUUAUAAUUAAAGUUAGG